CGGCACUGGCCACGCUGCAUCGAUGCGUCACGUUUCCCGGCUGCAUCCGCAUCCGCAUCGUCCCCAUCCUCCUCAUCUGGCCAUCGCCCAUCAGCACCCGCGCGCCGUAGCCCCCCUCCCCUCCGCCAGCACCGACGCGUGACGCCCCACCCCCUCCCGCCUAACUCACGAGGCCACCAGCGAGCGAAGCAUCCCACGCACGGGGGACGGAGCGGCCGCCCCCCCCCCCCCCGCCCCCCGCCCCCCGCGGCGCGUUACACCGGCUGUUCCGCCGGAAGGCCAGAAAAGCGAGUCCCGGGAUUCCGCCUCUUUCUAGGGGCCCUUUCCGAAGGUGGACUUGGAGAGAACGGCUCCGUACCUCUCGAUUUGCGGUUCCUGAGGCGCGCGCCCGCCGGCGAUGGCGGAGAGCGGUCGCGGCGGCGCGCGGGAGAAGCUCCGGGAAGCGGCCUGCAACGCCGUCGCCGGCGGCUCGGCAGGGGUGAUCUCAGCGACGGUGCUGUGCCCGCUGGACGUGAUCAAGACGCGGCUGCAGGUGUACGGCCUCCCUUCCAACCUCUCCUCUGGCGCGGCACCACCUGGUAGGGUGAUUAUUUCAGGUUUGCAGCAUAUAUUAAAAAAUGAAGGCUUGCCUGGGUUGUAUCGUGGCCUUUCUCCAACAGUUGUAGCACUAUUUCCGACUUGGGCUGUAACCUUUUCGGUUUAUAAUCACGUGAAGGGUCUUCUUCACACGCAAGAUGGUAAAAACAAUGAACUGUCUGUCCAAGCAAAUAUUCUCGCUGCUUCAUGUGCUGGAAUUGCAACAGCUACUGCAACAAAUCCAUUAUGGGUUGUGAAGACUAGGCUACAAACACAAGGGAUGAGAUCUGGUGUAGUGCCUUACCAAAGCAUCUUAUCUGCUUUACAGCGGAUUGCAAAAGAAGAAGGAAUCCGUGGAUUGUACAGUGGUCUUCUUCCUUCUCUAGCUGGGGUAGCUCAUGUAGCCAUCCAGCUCCCAGUCUACGAGAAGGUGAAGCUACACUUCGCUAAAAGAGACAAUACUACAGUUGAUAAUCUCAGUCCCACACAAGUAGCUAUUUGUUCGUCAGGAUCCAAAGUAGCAGCUUCCAUAAUAACGUACCCACAUGAGGUUAUACGAUCCAAAUUGCAAGAACAAGGCUGUGAUCAUCAUGGUGCUAUGCGGUACAGUGGCGUAACUGACUGUAUCAAGCAAGUGUUCCGGAAGGAAGGUUUCACUGGCUUCUACCGAGGCUGUGCUACGAACUUGCUGAGAACUACCCCAAAUGCUAUCAUUACUUUUACCAGUUAUGAGAUGAUCAAUCGAUUCAUGCACCAGCUCCUGCCCCACUAAUCAAACACUUGAAGCCAGCAAAGUUUAAUUGAGAUUGAGAUUCUGACAUAAUCGUCAAUCUAGUUGCGCGUUUAAUGGCUGGUUAUCAUGGUAGCAUUGCCAUUUGCCCAUUAUUGAAGAAGUGGCGGCUGUUAAACACAGAUUUUGGUGAAUGAGAUAGACCAACCGUGGCAUUCUGUUGUGGCGUGAUAGACUUUUUCCUUGUUGCAUGUGUUCUAAAUUGUUGGUAGAAGUCAAUGCUUGUCUUCCAAAUCUACUGAUAUGUUAAUUCUAUUUGUGCGACUUUUUACUUUCAGACAAA